CUUUUGUGGUCACCAAACAUACUAUGAUGGAAAUAUCAAGCACCAGUACAGAGUUACAACCUCCAAAGUUUGCUCUUCCAGUGGACUCAGAACACAAGGCAACUGAGUUUCGAUUAUUCUCUAUUGCGGCACCUCAUAUGCGAGCAUUUCAUCUCUCUUGGAUUUCCUUUUUUUCUUGCUUUGUUUCUAGUUUUGCUGCUCCACCACUCAUUCCAAUCAUUCGUGACAACCUCAACCUCACAUCAACAGACAUAGGCAACGCUGGGAUUGCAUCAGUCUCGGGUGCGGUCUUUGCUCGGAUUGCCAUGGGAACUGCUUGUGACUUAUUUGGACCUCGUCUUGCGUCUGCCUCACUAAUUCUUCUAACAGCACCAGCAGUAUGCUUCACCUCCAUUGUCUCAUCGCCUGUCUCCUUCCUCCUUGUGCGUUUCUUCACAGGCUUCUCCCUUGCCACUUUUGUCUCAACACAAUUCUGGAUGAGCUCCAUGUUUUCUGGUCGGGUGGUCGGCACUGCUAAUGGUGUUGCUGGUGGCUGGGGCAACUUAGGAGGCGGUGCAACACAGCUCAUAAUGCCCCUUGUUUUUGCUGUAAUUCGUGACACUGGUGCAGCCAAAUUUACAGCUUGGAGAAUUGCUUUCUUCAUCCCUGCCCUCUUUCAAAUGUCAACAGCAUUAGCUGUUCUGAUAUUUGGCCAAGAUUUGCCUGAUGGGAACUAUCAGCAGCUUCAGAAGUCCGGGGACAAACAUAAAGAUAAAUUCUCACUUGUCUUCUACCACGGGAUCUCAAAUUACAGGGGAUGGAGCUUGGCCCUGACCUAUGGUUAUUGUUUUGGGGUGGAGCUCACAAUGGACAAUAUAAUUGCCGAAUACUUUUAUGACAGAUUCAAUCUGAGUCUCCAAACUGCAGGAAUUGUAGCAGCAUCUUUUGGUUUGGCAAAUAUAGUUUCUCGACCUGCAGGAGGGAUAAUUUCUGAUAUAAUUGGCAGGAGGUUUGGAAUGAGGGGAAGGUUGUGGACUUUAUGGAUAGUGCAGACCUUGGGAGGUGUAUUCUGUGUAACUCUUGGGCAGGUAGGAUCCCUAGGUGCUUCCAUAGCGGUGAUGAUUUUGUUCUCAUUGUUCUGCCAAGCUGCAUGUGGUCUUACAUUUGGGGUUGUUCCUUUUGUUUCUCGGAGGUCCUUGGGUCUCAUAUCAGGGAUGACUGGAGGAGGUGGAAACGUAGGUGCAGUUUUGACUCAAUUAAUUUUCUUCAGAGGAACCAAGUAUUCCAAAGAAACAGGGAUAACUCUCAUGGGUGUGAUGAUUAUAUGCUGCACCCUUCCAUUAUGUUUGAUCUACUUCCCACAAUGGGGUGGGAUGUUUUGUGGUCCAUCCACUGGAAAGGUUGCCACAGAAGAAGACUACUACAUGUCUGAAUGGAAUUCAAAAGAGAAAGAAAAAGGCCUACAUCAGACAAGCUUAAAAUUUGCAGAUAACAGCAGAAGUGAAAGAGGAAGAAGAGCAGAGUCUGCUACUAUGCUCUCAAAUGCAACUCCACCUCCAAAUGUCUAACUCCUCCCAUGGUUUACCAACUUAGCAUGUAAAGUCCACAAUCCAUCUUAUUAAGAAGCAAUUUAUGAAAAUUUGUUUUGAAAAAUUAUUGGGGUCCUUCUCUUAUUUACUAAAUCCUGCAUAACUUA